AUGUCCAACGCAGCAGCUGCCUCCAUCUUACUAAGGCAGUUCAGAGAACUCACAGACCCCAAGAAGGGCGUUCCAUGCUUCCAUAUUGAAUUGGAGGACGAUAACAUCUUCCUCUGGAACAUCGGAGUGAUGGUGCUUAAUAAGGAAUCUAUUUAUCAUGGUGGAUACUUCAAAGGACAAAUGAAGUUCCCGCUGGACUUCCCAUUUUCCCCACCUACCUUCCGCUUUACCCCAGCCAUAUACCAUCCAAACGUUUAUAGAGACGGAAGACUCUGCAUUUCCAUCCUCCACCAAGGAGGUGGUGACCCUACAACAGAUGAACCAGACAGUGAGACAUGGAGCCCGGCACAGACUGUAGAAAGUGUGCUGAUUUCGAUAGUUUCUUUGCUGGAGGACCCCAACAUUUCAAGUCCGGCCAACGUUGAUGCCGCGGUGGACUACCGAAAGAAUACCGAGAAGUACAAAGAGCGGGUUUUACAAGAGGUCGAACGCUCCCGGCAGGAUAUUCCCGAGGGGUUCAUAAUGCCAGAUGCAGACACAGCCUACGGACAACCACGAGCUGAAGAACCAGAACAAGACGCAGUCGAUGAUGAUUUUUGGUUUGACUCGGAUGAGAGUUAUGGAGACGAUGAUAGUAUUAUGGAUGGAAAUGUGUCCGAGGAUGACGAUAAUGUGGACAACGUUUCCGAGGACGGCAUGGACAAGUGA